AUGCGAGCUGAAACUGCAGCUGGGGGAUGUGUCUCAAGACGAGAUGGUGGAGCAGGUGAGAUGAGUUUUGGUGUACAGGCGGUAUGGCGUGAGGCUCAGCCGCACAACGGUCUCCAAGAUUCUCAAGGACGCACCCAGGUGGCUCAGAGUGUCGGGCGCAGCAGCCAAGCAGAAGCGGUGCGCAUGGCCAAGUUCCCCCAGAUGGAGGCUGCACUGGCGCAUUGGUACCGACAGGUGAGUUCAAUGCACGCCAACAUCAGUGAUGCCAUGAUAGUGGACAAGGCCAGGCAGCUCUCGGUGGAGCUGAGCAUCCUGCCGGACGAGUUCAAGGUGUCGGACGGCUGGCUCUACCGCUUCAAGCGCCGCCACGAGCUGCCCACUGCGCGCAAGCGAGAUGGGGGAGCACGGGGGGGCACUCCCUCUUCCAGCAAGACUCACCAACCGGAGGGCUGCACAGCAGCAUGGGUCCGUACGGUACCAUGCUACCCUAUGGCGGACCCAUCCCACAUGCACUCAGCAGCCAUGGGAGGAGCAGCAGGAGGAAGCAGCAGUCAGCACCCCAUGCUCCCGCACCAGCAUCACAUGAUCCCACAUGACCCAUCUGCCAUGGGUGCUGCUGCUGGCUCGGCUGCAGGGGCUGCUGGAGCUGGUAUGGGAGGGUCCCUUGGCAUGCCAGGUAUGGCAGGAGGUUCGCUACAGGGAUUGCAAGGCAGCCGCGGAAUGGGGUCUGGUGCUGGAGGGCUGGAUGCUGGGGAGGGGAUGGAGGAUGUGAUGGAAGGGAGUGACUCAUAUGGGGAGUCGGAGGAGGAGGAAGAUGAAGGGAUGGAGGGGAGGCAGUGGGGGGAGAGUGGGUUUGGGAUGGGUGCUGGCAGAUGGUCGGCUGGAGGGAGUGGGAUGGGGAAGAGGAUGCAGAUGGCUAUGGCAUCGGCAAUGAGUGGGCUGAGUCCGGUUGAUAUGGAGAGGUACUCUCAAGUGAAGUCCCUGUUUGCUGGAGCUUUGAAGAAACUAGAAUCGUACCCUCGGCUGUGA